AUUCAAUGAAUUUGAAGUGGGGUAUCGUACUGAGUUGGGAGUUUGGGAGUGGGGCAGUUGGAUUUCGGGCUUUUUAACAACAUCCUCAACGUAUUCAGCUUUAGUCGAACGAUUCUCCUCGGUAGCUGGGGAGCCUGGGAUUAUUCUUCGAGAGUAAGAUUUGCUGGAAAAAAUGGAGGUUCUGCAGACGGCAGUUCUGCUUGUGGCAGCAUUCGUCAUUGUUUCGGUUAACGGACAAUAUUAUUCAAGGAUAGUAUCAGGAGCCAGUUGCAGUUCUUACACAUGUGGAACGAAUGCGAAAUGCACGAUCAGCGAAGGUCGACCAGUGUGUUCCUGCCUUAAUCUGCACAUGGGGGAUCCACUGGUCAGAUGCAUACGCGUAGAGUGUCAAAUCGAUGACGAUUGCAUCGGUAGCAAGGCCUGUCUGAACAACAGAUGCGUUGACCCAUGUGCUGGUCUGUGCGGAGUGAAUGCAGAAUGUCAGACGAGGAACCACGUCCCGACCUGUUCGUGUCCUCCUGGACAGACCGGUGAUCCUUUCACAGCCUGCAGAAUUGCUGAUCCCCAGGCUGCCUGCAAGCCGAGUCCAUGUGGACAAAAUACAGAGUGCAAUGUGAUAAACGAGGUGCCAGUAUGUACCUGUCUUCCUGGAUACCGAGGAUCUCCAUUGGUAGGAUGUCGUCACGAGUGCGAGAGCGAUUACGAUUGUGGUAAUCAUUUAGCUUGUACGUCCGAGUACAAGUGCGAAAGUCCUUGCAAGUGCGGUGAGAAUGCAAAUUGCGAGGUUAUCAACCACAGAGCCAAGUGUACCUGCCCCAACAACUGGCAGGGCAGCCCGUAUGUAGCCUGCCGACCAGAAUGCACUCACCAUUCCGAUUGCCCGCGUGGGAAACCUGCUUGUCUUUAUCAGAAAUGUAUGAAUCCAUGCGAAGGUGUUUGCGGUGUAAAUGCCAACUGUGAACUGCGUGACAUCACUCCAAUAUGUAGCUGCCCCAAGGACAUGACUGGUGACCCAUUCGUCAGCUGUAGACCAUUCGGACCGCGUGACCUUUGCGAACCCAAUCCUUGCGGUGCCAAUGCCAUUUGUACACCUGGACACGACAAUACUGGCAAGGAGAGGCCAGUUUGUACUUGUCCAACUGGAUAUCUUGGAAACGCUUUGUUCAGCUGUCAACGUGGUGAAUGUUUAACCGAUAGCGAGUGUCCUGAUAACCGUGCUUGCAUCGAUUAUAGCUGCCAGAAUCCUUGUACUGGAAGACAAUGCGGACCUACUGCUACGUGCACUCCAAGACGCCAUAUUGCUGUUUGUACUUGUCCCGACGGAACUCGUGGUGACGCUGUUGUCACUUGUAAUCGUAUCGACACCCAGUCUGUGCUGAAUUCGGGUAGAUUCAUUCGCUACCGAAAUUACUAGUCAUGCUCAAAACAAAAGGAAAGGUUUAUCCUUCUCGUUUGAGGAUAUAAGCUAAUUUGUUGCAUUCUUUAAAAUUUUUAUAUUUCAAUUUGAUUUGCGUAAGAAAUAAUACUCAGUACUGCAUUAAAUUUUACUGAUGCUGUCAACAGCUCUAACAUAAAGAAUUGAAUGGUU